AGUGUAGUGUAUCGUUCACCGCAAGAGAAAAACUGAAAUUAUAUAGCUAUUUGCUGGUUCUCUUACUUUUUCCCCCUUCCAACAAGGGCAUCAGUGAAAUAAUCCUCUCUCAUCCACGAUGUCCGUCGACAAGGAGGAACUGGUGCAACGCGCCAAGUUGGCGGAGCAGGCUGAACGAUAUGACGACAUGGCGGCCGCGAUGAAAGAGGUCACGGAAACCGGUGUCGAACUCAGUAACGAGGAGAGGAACCUCCUUUCUGUCGCCUAUAAGAACGUAGUUGGAGCCCGACGGUCGUCAUGGCGAGUUAUUUCAUCAAUUGAACAGAAAACCGAAGGUUCGGAAAGAAAACAACAGAUGGCAAAAGAAUAUAGGGUUAAAGUAGAAAAGGAGCUCAGAGAAAUCUGCUACGAUGUUUUGGGCUUACUUGACAAGCACCUUAUUCCUAAAGCUAGUAAUCCAGAAAGUAAAGUAUUUUACCUAAAAAUGAAGGGAGAUUACUACAGGUACCUUGCAGAAGUGGCCACAGGAGAAACCAGAAAUUCCGUCGUGGAGGACUCGCAGAAGGCCUACCAGGAGGCGUUCGACAUUGCCAAGGCCAAAAUGCAACCAACCCAUCCCAUUCGGCUUGGUUUAGCACUCAACUUUUCGGUCUUUUAUUACGAGAUUAUCAACUCACCUGCGCGAGCGUGCCACUUAGCUAAACAGGCAUUCGAUGACGCCAUCGCCGAAUUAGACACACUGAACGAGGAUUCGUACAAAGACUCUACCCUGAUCAUGCAGUUGCUGCGGGACAACCUGACGUUGUGGACGUCGGACACACAGGGAGAUGGCGACGAGCCCGCAGAGGGUGGCGACAACUAAUUCAACGCCGCGUCCACCCCAGCACACGCAUUUGUUCUCAUCGGUGUUUUAUAAGAGAGUAACAUUCGAGAAUGCCGCGCGGCGCGGGCCAACCGCCGCUGUUGCGAGCCGUCGCUUGUAAAAAAAAUGUUAAAAAUGUCGUUCGCAGCGGACCUUCACGUUCCGUCUAAAAUUAAAUGUUAUGUGUCAUCUUUGACGGUUUUGUAUUUCUGUAUUUACACUGGAUUACAGAUAUCGAGCUGACCUGAUGAAUAUAAAUAUUUAUAACUUAAGUUAUUAAAAUUACGGUUUCUUAAGU